GGACCAGGGUGAUAAACGGGAACCAAUGUUUUCAGCGUCAUUUAGUUCCAUCGGAUGUUUAAUAGUGAAACACCAACACCAAGAAGGCGGUUUGCUCGUAGUGUCCAUAUGAACCUUGUGCUUUAGAAGAUGGCUGUCACUCUGCAUACAGACCUUGGUGAUAUCAAAAUAGAGUUGUUCUGUGAGAAGUGCCCGAAAAGCUGUGAAAAUUUUAUUGCACUGUGCGCUGGUGGGUUUUACAGUGGAUGUAUUUUUCACCGAAACAUAAAGGGUUUUAUGGUCCAGACUGGAGACCCAACAGGCACAGGCAAAGGAGGGACGAGUAUUUGGGGAAGAAAGUUUGAAGAUGAAUUCAGUGAACAUCUGAAACACAAUGUCCGGGGUGUGGUGGCCAUGGCAAAUAACGGACCAAACACAAAUGCAUCACAGUUCUACUUCACAUAUGCAAAACAGCCUCACCUGGACAUGAAGUACACUGUUUUUGGAAAAAUUAUAGAUGGACUGGAAACUCUGGAUGAACUAGAGAAACUCCCUGUGAAUGAAAAGACUUUUCGUCCUCUCAAUGAUGUCCGUAUUAAGGAUGUUACUAUCCAUGCCAACCCAUUUGCUGGUUGAUUUCAUUGCAAAUCAUUCAUAAUGCAUAAUGCCUUGUAUUGUAAAAAUAAAUAUUUUGUGCAUUUUUUUCCCAUGCUGUUUCAUAAAUAUGUACACACUGACUCACUUCUGUAUCGCCCAUAAACUUUUACAUUGUGUUUUAAAUGUAGCUGUUUUAAUGGUGAGGAAUUAUAAGAAAAACAAUAUUCAGAUGAGCAAUUGUACUUUGACAAAUAAAAUUUUUCACUAAAUUGUUAGAA